AUGAAAAUCUACAAGUCAUCCGACAUCAACAUUCCCAGGGACCUCAAUCUUACUGAACUAUUGCACACCACAGCUUUUCCCAUUCCCGAAUCACACCUCAUUGCAUCCGAUAGCCUCACCAACAGAAGUACGACUCUGGGGGAGCUCCGAGAUCGAGCUGGUCGUCUCGCAAAAGGGCUGUACGACCAAUUGAACCCACCAGACCAAGCACGCUGGGCCAUCGUGCUACCGAACAGCGUAGACUUUCUCGAGAUAUUCCAUGCUAUCCUGUGGACCGGUGGUGUAGUCUGUCCUGUAAACCAUGCCUUACGGUAUUCAGAAAUAGGUCCAGGGCUCGCAGUCGCCCGCCCGCAUUUUGUUGUUGCAUAUGGCCCUGUUGUCCAUGUGGUCGAACAGGCUCUCGAUUUCGCCGCCGAGAUGCUCGUCAAAGAAAAGGGGAGUUGGACUCGGCCUCGUGUAAUUUCUAUCGUCCUUCCUGCUCCCGGACUGAAACACAUAUCGUCCGAUUUUAUCGCCGCGACGCGUCUUCCGGUUCCGCACUUCGACGAUACGUCAAUCCGUCUUGCCUCCAUCCAUCUCUCCUCGGGAACAACAGGUCAGCCCAAAGGCGUCGAGCUCACUCACCAAAACUUUGUCGCAAACGUCUUGCAGCUCCUCGCCUUCGAUGCGCCAGGGGGGCACAAGAUGUUCCAUCCGGCCGCGCGCACGGUUGCCUUCACGCCGUGGGCCCAUAUUGCGAACACAACAGCGCCACUGUUCCUCGGGCCUUACGCAGGCAUGCUUCACCAUGCGAUGCCAGUUUACAACUUGGAGCAAUUCGCCAGACUGGUUGGCUCCGUGCAAGCCACGUCGUUCCAGGGCGUUCCAAGUGUUGUCCUGGCCUUGGGAGACUCGGACGUGACAGCGAAAUACGACUUCUCCGCUGCACGCGUCAUAGCUGUUGGCGGUGUGCCGCUCAAGAAAGCUCAGCUCGAGAAGCUCCUGGCUCGAGCGCCAUGGCGGCUUUGUCAAGCCUAUGGCAUGACGGAAGCAGCCGGAUACGUCGCUUAUCAGGAAUAUGACGAGGUUCUAUACGACGGAUGCACAGGUAAGUUGUUACCCGGAAUCGAGGCGUGUCUCAAACAGGAGGGAGGGGUGGAAGAUGUGCCAGAUGGGGAAACAGGAGAAUUGUGGCUGCGUGGGCCCAACAUUUCGAGAGGAUAUGCAUUCGAUGCUGAGGCAAACGAACGGGCCUUUCCGAUGCCAGGGUGGUACAACACUGGCGACGUGUGCCGCAUAGAUGAGCAAGGAAGAGUAUCUAUUGUUGGGCGAACUAAGGACCUUAUCAAGUAUAAGGGAUUCCAAGUGAGCCCUGCAGAGCUUGAGGUCAAGCGCAAGUUUGUCAUCGCGAUUGUGCCAACAGCGUCAGUGGCGAAACGCGACGAGUUCAUCAACGAACUAGCCAAAUCCGCCCAUGAGGCCCAGGUAAACGAAGAUGGGACGCUGAAAUAUGCCGUCCUUACAUCGCGCGAUAUUGCUAGGGAGACAGACAUCUGGGUGGUUGAGGAAUACGUUAACGAGGCUGCUUUCGACCACCACAUGUCUCUUCCCUCUGUCAACGCCAUGCGGGCCUGGAUGGGUGAAAACGUUGGACCAAAGCCUCCGACGAUGCAUAUCCUCACGUACCCAUCAGAUUCAUUUCAAUUCUCGCGGCAACAGGUCAAUGAACAUACCGACCCUUGGAUCAUCAUCGCGGAACUCAAUUACAUGGUUGGAGGUGUUGGCCUAUGA